AUGGAACUCGGUCAUUUUGCCGGUCGCCGAUUUUUCAGGUUGUCUCGCUCGCGGCCGGCAAUGGCGCUUAACAAGAUGAUUGGGAUUGUGAGCCGUAUGGCAAUGCGCAGUGCUCGUGGCCUGGGACAGGUGCGCGCUGGCUCUAAGAUGGCUAUGCGUGAAGCGCUAGGCAUGGCCAUCGAUGAGGAAAUGCUGCGCGACGAGCGCAUCUUCCUGAUUGGCGAGGAAGUGGGACACUAUGAUGGCGCAUUCAAGGUACUUCUCGAUCGUUUUGUGCGCAAAGUGUUGUUGUCAUAG